AUGAGAAUAACCAGGUACCACGUGAGAGGUGGUACCUGGUUAAACAAAGAAACUGGUUCUGUAACCAGGUUAGUUACAAAUGGAUUAAGUUUGGACGAAGUUGCUGUGCAAGUAGCAGAAAUAUCGAGAGGAAGAAGAUUAAUUACCCAGGGAAAAGAUGAUCUACUGAAAUUACAACUAAAUCCUGAACGACUUAAGGUAUAUAAUAUUCAACAUGUAGACCUACAAGAUCUUUGGCCUGGUAAACAACCAAUUGGAUUAGUGUCUUUAGAUAAAUUUCUAUUUCAUGAUCAUCAAAAAUUAAGAAGAGAAGACACUUCUCAUGUGACAAUCGGCCACUCACCUGAAAGAGACACACGAGUAACGUUAAAAGCUUACAUGCAACUUUUAAAUCUCAAGGAGAAAAAUAUUAAUAUUCCAACAGCUGAAGUAGUGCGUGAAAUGUUGGUUAGGUCACCUGGUCGGUUGGACUCUCACACUAUUCCUUUAGAAAUUGAGAUUACCAAAAGUUCUGGAAAGGAUUUUGUUUCACAUUCAAUUAUUACUUCCAAAUCGGAUGGGACAUUUUGCUCAUUUUUAGAGCCGGGAAAAUACCGAUCCAAACCCAUUAUUCCAGUUGACCAGGAAAACGAGCUUGUAUUUACUCCUAAAUAUUUAGAACUGUUGAUCGAAGAAAAGUCCAAACUCGAUCUUACAUUUCACCAAUUCGCUGCCUCUGUUUCAGGUUCAUUAAUAUUGAAAGAACCAAAAGUUAUAGUGAACGAUAUCAGCAUUGAUUUAAUUUUAGAUGAUAAGACUAUUGAUAGUGUUCAACCUGAUCAACAAUCAAAAGAAUUCAAAUUCAAAUCUAUUGCUCCAGGUAAAUAUCGUCUUAGACUUCGUAAGGGAGAUAAUAUCUGGUGUUGGAAAGAAGAUGAAAUGACCAUUAACAUAUUGGACGAAGAUUUAACCGGAAUCAAGUUUACUCAAAUCGGCUAUUAUCUAACUCUAGUCACCUCUCACCCCGUGAAAGUUACAAUAACUCAUACAACAUCUAAGAAAUCAAUUAAUGCUGAAAUCAAAAAUGUCCAGCAACCUUUCCGUCAAUGUUUACUUGAAUCAGGUCGAUACGAAGUCAACACUGUCUCAUGUCAUUCAUUUAAAAACGACAAAGGCCUCAAGGAGCCUUUUAUUUUCGAUACUCGAACCAAGGAAACAUCUUCAUCACUAAUUAUCCGAGCUUACAAACACCAAUUAACCGGGUCGGUGACAGUUACUGUUCCAGUUGAAAGUUCUGAAGAGUUUGUCCUUUCAUUAACUCGUAAAUCAAAUAUUAACGAUCAAAAGGGAUCAACAAAUGGAUUGGAUUAUUUACCCAGCUCAUCUAAAUCCGAUAAUCAAGGCAAUCUAAUCAAAAUGUUUAAAUUUUCCUUAUUCGCUGAGCCCAAUGAAUUGCUCACAAUUGUACCAUCGUCGACAUCCCUUUUAUUCAAGCCUCCUAAAUUUGAAAAGACCAUGGGCUCUGAUUGUUUGCUCGAUGCUGUUUCAUUCAAAGGACGUAGUGGACUAUUUAUCAAAGGAUCAAUUUCUCCACCCCUGAUGGAUGCUACAAUUAAAUUAUAUUCUCGAAGUGAUGAUCAACUUAUGUAUGAAACCGUCACGGAUGCCGAAGGGAAAUACACCGCUGGUCCUUUUGAUUGUUGUGAUGCAGGAAUUACCAUUGACCGUAUGAUUUAUGCUAAAGCGGAAAAAGUGGGAUAUUUAUUGAAAGAAUCAUCUAAAUUUGGUCAAUUUGUUAGCGAGAAACUUUCAUCACUAAUUGUGAAAGUUACUAAUGCCGAUGGAUCACCAUUGCCUGAAGUGCUCAUCUCCAUCUCUGGUGGUUCUAAUAAUUUCCGUAAAAAUCUAAUCACUCCUGCAACCGGUGAAUUAUCAUUUAUUGGAUUAAAUCCUGGUGAAUAUUUCAUGAGAUCAGUUUUGAAAGAGUUUAAAUUUGAUCCAGCUUCAAGAAUUGUUGACAUUAAACAAGGUGAAUCUGUUACACUCAAUGUCAAAGGUGAAAGAGUUGCUUACAGUUGCUAUGGCUCGUUAACUUCCAUGUCAGAAGAGCCUGAAGCUAAUAUUUUAGUUGAAGCUGUUGGUAUUGGCGGAGUUAAUGAACAAGGAUUUGAUUGUAAACAGUUACAAGAAGAGGUAACAUCAGAAUCUAAUGGUAACUUUAGAAUUCGUGAUUUAAAACCUGGAUGCAAUUAUCGAGUUAGUGUUAAGAAAUCAAAUGAGCAAAAUUUAAUCGCACGUUCAUUACCAGAAAAUGUGAUAAUCUCCGUUGGAAGAGCCGAUGUUACCGGCAUUAAAUUGAUACUUUUCACUCGGAGUAACACCAUGGAAUUGACUGGAGAUAUUAUAACUAAUCCAGAAUUUUGGCCUUCACUCCGUGUUAAACUUUUCUCUGAAUCGAUUGGCGAUCAAUUGUUGGCCUCAAUUCCAGUGACCAGUGGUUUCUUUUCCAUUCCAACGCAAAUUCCAGUAGACAAUCGUUGGUAUAUUCUAAAAUUGGAAUCAACUCUGCCCACUUAUUUAUAUUACUAUGAAACGGCCUCUCUUACUUUCCAGGCCAAUACAACAUACUCACAUUUUCAAUUCCAAUUUGAUCCAAAACAAUCAUCUAAUUCAGAUUCUUUCAAUGGGGAACAAGAUAACAUCAGCACUGGAUCACUUUUCACUUUACCUUUGUUUCUCCUUUUAGGUUUAAUAAUCUACAAAUUUGAUAAAGUUAAACCGAUUUUCGAUUAUGUUAUCGAGAAAGUUUGGUCAACAAUACAUCCCGAUGGAAGAUCAUCUCCAAAUUCUGACGGUUCGUUACGUCGUAAAAUCAAAUCACGACGAACCUAAUACACUUUUUUUUAGAAUUUAGGAUAAAUUUUUAUCUAAAUUAAGAAUUAAUUUAAGCCUUAUAGUCUUGAGAAAUUAUUAUUUACGAUCUUGUUUGCUCGUAACAAUUAUCAUUUGUAAUAAUUUAACUUUUCUCUCACAAGCAAAUCAAUUGUAAUUUACACUGCGAUAAACACUUUUAUACAUCUA